AAUUUUACAGUUGUUUCGUAUUGUGACGGUGACUCUCAAUUGUUUGUGAAGUGGUUUACAUGUGGUCAAGUAUAGCAUAUUAACUUGUAGCUAAAAUAAAAAGACAAGUGGCCUUUGCGGUUGUCAAUACAUGUACUUAAAAUUUACAGUCGAGUGAACGUAUUAUAACUUCAGCGAAUCGGACAUACAGAUUAUUGAUUAAGUACCUGUGUCGUGUGCAAAUACCUUGGUACCUGAUUUUAUCUGAAAUAACAAUUUUAGUCACCGACUGAAAAAAUAUGGCGUCGAAACUGUUGUGUAGAAGUACUAGAAGGCUCGUGAUGCAAAGAGAUAACCUCAAGAAUAUCUCAAGAAACAUGAGUGCAUGGACCCCAGACCUGGUCGUCAAGUCCACCUUCAAAGACAUUGAGAUCCCCAACGUCUCCACCUGUGAACACAUCUUCCAGAAUAUUGAGAAGUGGGCUGAUAAGACUGCUGUUGUAUGCGGGUUUACCGGUCGCUCGUACAGCUACCACGAAGUGUACAAGUACUCCCGCAACUUGGCCACCAGACUGCGCCGUCACUACAAGAUCAGGGAUCAUGACGUCAUCUGCGUGAUGCUCCCCAACCUCCCCGAGUUCCCCGUCGCCGUGUUUGGAGUGCUACAGGCCGGGGCUGUGGUCACUACGUUGAACCCUAUUUACACUGCUCAUGAAGUAUCUAGACAACUAUCACUGUCUGAUGCAAAACUUGUGAUAACUAUACCUGAAACAGCGAAGGUAGUUUAUGAAGCUAUGAAUAUAAAUAAAACAAAGAUACCUGUAAUAUGCGUUACAGAAAGCAAUGAAAAUUUACCGACAGGAGCUGCCUCAUUAAAUGAUCUCAUUGAAGACAAUUUAAUAGAUACUAGUAUUUUAAAAGAAGUAAAUAUUAAAACAGAAGACGUUUGUUUCCUCCCAUACUCCAGUGGUACUACGGGGCUACCUAAAGGGGUGCAAAUCACGAAUAGAAAUAUAAUAGCUAACCUCGAACAACAAGAGGAUGAGAAAAUUAAACAGUAUAGAGACACUUCUAAAUCCUACCAAGACAAGACUUUAGUAGUUCUUCCAUUGUUUCACAUUUAUGGAUUGACUAUUCUGAUGCUACACAAGUUAUCUAUUGGAUCACAAUUAGUAACUGUUCCAAAGUUUCAGGGCAGUACGUUUCUCAACGUUUUGGAAAAACAUAAGAUAUCUUUGUUUUAUGCUGCCCCGCCUAUCGUGUUGUUCAUGGCGUCGAGCCCCGCCGUGAACGCUCACCACUUGUCUCACGUGGACAUGUUGAUGUGCGCCGCGGCCCCGCUCCCGCUGGCUGAUGUUGAGAAACUAUUCGCUAAAGCUGAGCGCAAGCUGGACUUCCUGCAAGGCUACGGGCUGACGGAGACGUCCCCGCUCGUGUCGUCCAUGACGCGGCGCACGGACAACUACAGGUCCGUCGGGUUCGCGGUCGCCGGCACCAAGCUCCGGGUCGUCGACGAGCAGAUGAACAAUCUCGGACCUAAUCUGGUAGGUGAAUUGCUAGUGAAGGGUCCUCAGGUGAUGAAGGGCUACAAGAACAAUGAAGAAGCGACGAGAGACGCCAUCACAGCGGACGGCUGGUUCAAGACGGGUGACCAGGCGAGCAUAGCCGAGGACGGCGCUCUCGUCAUACAUGACCGGCUUAAGGAACUCAUCAAGGUAAAAGGGUUCCAAGUACCACCUGCAGAAUUAGAGUCGGUUCUCAAGGAGCAUCCGAAAAUAUUAGACGCAGCCGUAGUGGGGGCCCCUGACCAUAGACACGGGGAAGUUCCCAAAGCUUUUGUAGUUGUCAAAGACGGACAUGCACUGGAGAAGGAAGAAAUCAUCAACUUCGUCAAGGAAAGAGUAGCUGAGUACAAAAGAAUCAAUGACGUAGAAUUUCUAGAUGCUAUUCCUAAAAAUCCGUCUGGGAAAAUUCUGAGAAGGGUUCUGAAAGAGAAGUAUUGUUAGUUUUAAUAUGAAUUUAAGAUAAUCAAUGUUAUACAAUAAUAAAUAAAUAUUUAAGCACUUACAGUUA